AUGACGCAGCCGGUCGCCGAGGUCAACCCCAGCGUCACGGCCGAGAUCGAGAAGCAGCUAGCCAAUGAAAACAUUAACGUGCACGAUGAUGAGAAGCCCCAGAUUAGUGAUGAGGACCUCAACAAGCAGGAUGGUGUCAAGCGAGUCGAGGCCAUCACCACUGUGUGGAACAACCAGGUGCUCAUUGUCAUGUUUGUCCUCCUCUACCUUGUCUCUUUCACCGACCAGCUCUUGCAGUCAGUCCAGGGCAGUCUCGUCGCCUACAUCACCUCUUCUUUCAGCCAGCACGGUCUGCUGGCCACCACCAGCAUUGUCGCCACCAUCAUGGGAGGCGUUUGCAACCUGACUAUUGCCAAGGUCAUUGAUAUCUGGGGCCGUGUCGAAGGUUUCCUGUUCAUGCUCCUCCUUGUAACCAUUGGCAUGAUCAUGAAGGCCACCUCCUACAACGUCGAGAUGUACGCCGCCGCCCACACGCUCUACUGGGUUGGUCAUUUGGGCUUGGGAUACAUCAUCACCAUCAUCCUUGCAGACAUUACGAGUCUCCGAAACCGAAUGAUCCUGUUUGGAUUGAACUCGACUCCCAUCAUCGCCACCACAUUCGCUGGUCCCAAGAUUGCCGAUCUGUUCUACACAAACGUCAACUUCCGUUGGGCUUUUGGUGCCUUUUUGAUCAUCCAGAUCGUCUUUUGCAUCCCUGUUGCCAUCAUCUUCCUCUGGAGCAAGCGAAAGGCCGUCGCUCGAGGCAUUUACCCCAUGAGGGCUGAGAACCGUACUUUUGUGGAAUCCGUCAAGUACUACUUUAUCCAAUUCGAUGUCGUCGGCAUGUUCCUAACAGUCUUCGGGUUUUCGCUGCUCCUCUUGCCCUUCAGUUUGGUCUUCUACGCACCUAACGGCUGGAAGACUGGGUACAUCAUUGCCAUGAUCGUCCUCGGAGUUGUCCUGCUGGCUGCAUUCGCAGUCUGGGAGAAGUACUUCUCGCCCGUGCCUUACAUUCCAUUCAAGUUCCUCAAGGAUCGCACGAUUCUCGGUGCUUGCCUUGUCUACGGACUCAUGUUCUGCUCGAUCUUCUGCUGGGAUACAUACUACUACUCGUACCUCCAGGUCGUUCACGGCCUCACCAUCACUACUUCGGGUUAUGUGCUGAACUCUUUCUCCCUAAUGUCUUCUUUCCUCGGUCCCUUUAUUGGAAUCGGCAUUCGCUACCUCGGAACAUUUAAGUGGCCCUCAUUUGCCAUGCUACCCUUUGCUGCCCUGGGUGUCGGUCUGCUCAUCAAAUUCCGAACCGCAGACUCCGACGUUGGCUACCUCGUCAUGUGCCAACUGUUCAACGGUGUCUACAGCGGCGUCUGGGCUCUCACUGCCCAGCUUGCCAUCAUGGCUUCCGUAACGCAUCAGGAGAUCGCUGUUUCUAUUGCUCUAUUCGGCCUCUUCGGUUCCAUCGGAGCCGCUAUGGGAUAUGCCAUUGCUGGUGGCUUGUGGACCAACAUUUUCCCCGAGCAGCUGCUUGCCAGGCUACCCGAUGACGCCAAGGACCAGAUGGCUACAAUCUACAGUGAUAUUACUGUGCAGAUGUCUUACCCGGUUGGAAGCGACAUUCGAAAUGCCAUCAAUGACGCUUACUCGGACGUUCAACGAAAAAUGGUCAUCACCGGUAUUUGUUUCAUCCCGCUCUGCCUGGGCUGCAUUUUGAUGUGGAAGAACAUCAACGUUAGAAAGUUGGAAGAGAGGGAGGGCAAGCAGACCAAGGGUACCGUUUGGUAA